AUGCUGCUCAAGACGAAGCCGGAGGUCGGAAGGGGGCACGGGCGGGCGGCCGGGGAGGGGCCGGGGGGGGGGAGGCUUAGGGUGCGCAAGGGCAGCCUCGUGCCCUUCAACGUGGGGUCACCUUGCGCAGGAAUCCUCGCCCACUUUGACGGCCAAUUCGCCCAAGGUAAGUGCGAAAUUGGGAAGAGUCAAUCGCGCGCGGACCGUGUCGCGUUCCCCAGGGACGGGCCCCUGCCGCUAUAU